UUCCGGUUCCGGGACGAGCCGCAGGAUCAGUUCCGGGGCGGCAGCUUCCGGGGUUGGGGACGCGAUGGAGUCGGUGCUGAGCGAAGUGGUGGCGGUGGAGGAUCUGCUGCGCUUCGAGAAGAAGUACAACGCUGAGCUGAGCAGGGGCACCGUCUCCAAGGGGACACAGUUCGAAUACGCCUGGUGCCUGGUGCGCAGCAAAUACAACGACGACAUCAAAAAGGGCAUCGUGCUGCUGGAGGACCUGGUGCCCAGAGGCUGCAAGGAGGAGCAGCGGGACUACGUCUUCUACCUGGCCGUGGCCAAUUACCGGCUGAAAGAGUACGAGCAGGCCCUGAAGUACAUCCGGGGGCUGCUGAAGACGGAGCCCACGAACACGCAGGCGUUGGAGCUGGAAAAGCUCAUCGACAAGGCCAUGCAGAAAGACGGCCUGGUGGGCAUGGCGAUCGUCGGCGGCAUGGCGCUGGGCGUGGCCGGCCUGGCCGGCCUCAUCGGAUUGGCCAUCUCCAAGUCGAAAUCGUAGCCCUCCGGAGCGUCCCGCCGGGCCCGGGAGCCCACGCGCUAACUCCGCUCCGAGUCACUAAUCUUCCCCCUCCGAGGCGAUUCCUCCCUGGGAUCCCCCCCGUGCUCGGGGGGCUAAUCAGUGCAAUAGGGGUUCAGCCAGAGAGGUGGUGGGGGGCGAUCGACCGGCCCCCCUUUCCCCGGCAGCAGGGGGAGAUGGCUGGGGAGGAGGGGGGCUCGGGCAGUGGUUCCCCUGCAGGGGGCUGGGGCAGGGUCUGACCUCCGGCCGCCGGGCUCCUCCGUCUCAGGCCCCCCUGCGCCAGGAUUCCCCCGCCCCACACGCACCCCUCCUGUCCCUGCUCUAACCGCUGCCUUCGCGAUGUAAAUAAAGGUUGGUUCUGAUUUGA